AUGAUUUAUUACAUAUUCUGGCCUAAUCAUCUUUAUCUGAAGGGUUUACUACAUGAUAACAAAGAACUAUAUGCAAUCUCGGUAAGGUUAGAAAGUGGUAAUUAUUUGGUUUUAGAUGUGAUCUCAGGAGCUACCUUCAGGAAACCUGGGUUUACUGGGUCAAUUUUACCUCCAUAUUAUUGUGUCGCAAGGUGUUUUGGUAAUGAAUGGCUUUUGGUGGAUGAGAAAACUUGGGUAAUUAAAUAUGAAGCGCCUAAUUUGAAACUUAUGCAAUUUUUAUCUUUAGAACCAAUAUUGUUGACAUUGCCAGAAAGGCAGGAAAACUGUAAGCCAUCAUCAGGGGGCAUUCAAAAAUUAUUGGACUAUAAAAAGUAUCAAGUGGAUAAGGCCAGGUUAAAAAGCGAUAUUGAUCAAAUCAAUCUUUAUUAUAAAUAUUUAUCAGAUUUCAAAAGAAAAUUUUGUCAAUUGUCUUUUUGUCGAGAUGAAAGUAAAACUAUUGUGAUUUCCAGAUUUAUAGAUUUGUUGAUGGAAACUCGUAUAUAUGUUUACUGUUUUAAAAUGUAUCUCAUCAUGUCAAUGUUUAUUUGUUUUGUUGCAAGUCAAGUAUCCAAAUUACUAAAUGGUUUUAUGUCCUUUUUCUUGAAAAUAUCUGUAACCAUAAGGCAAAUAGACCUUCGGUGUCAGCAAAUAUGUUAUUUUCCUGUGCAAUUUUUAAGGAUUAAUCAAAAAAAAGUUCUAACUGAAUCGUUGCCAAAAGUUGAAACUUUCAAUAAUGAUAAUGAACUACAACUACCAUGUCAGUUUUAUCCAGACUAUAUUCGUUUUUAUAAUACCAUUUGGUUGAUAAUUAACGAUAUUUCCUUUGGAUUAAUAUUAGGGGCUUUAAUGUUUGAAAAUCAAGAUUAUUUAGUUAAUUGUCUUCAUGGGAAAAUACGAUACUGUCUCUAUGAUUUUGUUAAAAAGGUGACUAUUGGUCUUGCAGAUAAUCCAUUUGGUAUAAAAUUAAAUGCCGAGCUAACACAUUUCUUAAGUGAAUUGUUUCUUUGGAUUAUUGAUUUCUCAUACUUACAUAUAAUAGAACCUUUGACUGAGGUAGAAACUUUAAGAAAGUUAAUUAACUGGAACAGUAAUGUUAUGUCCUUUGUUGGUGCUACUUUUGGACUAUCAUUAGUUGUUGACUUUUUGUCGCUGUGCGGUUUUCAUAUAUUUUUAUUUUAUCAUAUCAUUAAUAAAUUAUAUGCAUGGCAAUUAAAUGCAAUGACUAACUUAUAUUAUUUGUUUAGAGGGAAAAAGAAGAACAAAUUACGUAAUAGAAUAGAUUUUAAUCAUUUUGAAUUAGAUCAAUUACUGAUGGGGAUGUUACUUUUCAUUAUCAUGGUCUAUUUAACCCCAACAAUUCUUGCUUUUUAUGUUAGUUAUACUGGUUUGAGAAUUUUACUGAUAUAUGCAGAGAUUAGUUUUGAAGCAGUAAUAACUUUGAUUAACCACUUUCCUCUUUUUGCUUUAUUACUACGUAUGAAGGACCCAAAGAGGUUACCUGGUGGUAUAUCCUUUGACCUAAAAUUGACUACAAAUGGGUCUUAUUUAUUUUUAAGGAAUAAUCCAUUAAAAAUGGGAAUGUUAUUUAAACCAUUUACUAUGGUUUUGAAUCGAAUCUUAGAUAAUUACUGUUCUAUUCAUACGUUGAUUAAUAUAAUUAAAGGCAGACCGAUUAUAAUGGAUAGGCACAAGUUAUAUCAGGUUUUGUAUUCUUCUUUACCUAAAGAACCAGUAAAUAUUAAUGAGACAUUUAAACAAAUAUUUGAUACAAUACCAGUAUGA